GCCAUAUUUUGUUUAGGCUGUCUGCUUUCAUUCUUAUUUCUUGAUUCUUCGAAAAAUUGAGGUUAUUUCGGCGCUCAGACGCCGUAAUUGUUUUGCUAAAAGUGGUAUAUAAAUAACAACACAAGAAACAUGAAGCUCGUUCGUUUCUUAAUGAAACUUAGUCAUGAAACAGUUACAAUAGAAUUAAAGAAUGGUAGCGUCGUCCACGGUACCAUCACCGGCGUCGAUGUCGCUAUGAACACACAUCUCAAAGCUGUAAAAGUAACUUUAAAGAAUAAAGAAGAGUUGCAAUUGGAGACGUUAAGUAUACGUGGGAACAACAUACGAUACUUCUUGUUGCCUGAUAGUUUACCUUUGGAAACUUUGUUAAUCGAUGAUACGCCUAAAGGAAAGGGUAAACGUGAGGGCUUCCAGCGCGGUGGUACGAGAGGCGGCAGGGGCAGAGGCCGAGGUGGUCGCGGAGGCCCGAGAGGCGGUCGCGGAGGACGGGGACGAGGCCGCCGAUAAACUUAAUGUAUAUUAGUUAUAAGUAUUUGUGAUUACAUUCUAAUUCCUACCAAAAGUUGUCUCAUGGAAGCAAAGAACGUGAUGUUAGUUUUUACUGUGUAUUAAAGAAUUUCCAUCUUUGCAAA